UAUUAUCAUCCCCGAGGAUUCCACUCUGAAAGAUAUAAUAAAACAUUUCAUUGUACAAACAUACAUGCUGUGUAUAAAUCACAACUACCAAUAAUUGUCAUCUUCUACCUGAUGAUGGUGAGGGAUGGUGUGACCUUCCUGUGUGGAAUCCCGGGAAUACAGAGGCAACGGGGACAAUCUCUCUGGUGGGUUUCCUGUAGCUGGAUGACUCCACCAUGGUGUCCUGCUCUGACUCCUCCAUUCCCCCAUCCUCAUCCUCCUCCUCUUUUAUCUCUUCUU